UGUACGACAGCAUUACUGAAAACUACCUGCAAGGAAAGUUCCAGGUGGUGGGGUGCCUGUGUCCAAAGGGAUACGGCGGAAAAUUCUGUGGGAACAAAACAGAUGUUUGUCGAGGCAAACCCUGUUUCCGAGGGGUGCAGUGUCAGUCAAAACCAGCGCCCGACCAGUUCACCUGUGGAGACUGUCCUGUUAACACUGUCUCCAGUGGCAACAUGGGAUACAAAUGCUUUGAGCAUGACAUGUGCAGCCCUCCUUUCCCCUUCCCCUGCCACAAAGAUGCAGAAUGCCAAAGCACAAAACUACACUACACCUGCACAUGUAAGCCUGGUUUUACUGGAGAUGGACACAACUGCACAGAUACAGAUGAGUGCAAAGCGCUCAUGGCUUGUGAAAAUGCAAAGUAUGAGUGUAAGAACAUUCCCGGCUCAUUUGAAUGCCUCUGUAGAUAUAACACUAAGGACAUUGAAGGAUGUGAUGCAGUUUAUCUGAGAUUGGUGAACUUCUGA